GUGGUAGCCGCUACCAACCAUUUCGUACAUCUGACAUACAUGCAUGCUACCUUGACAGAUCUGGAGUGCAUCUCCGAUUGUCCUGUCUCUUCUAUACAUACACCUAGAGGCAAAGUCCUGUGAAAUAUAACAGGCAGGAAGUUAGCACAGAGUCGUGUUUCAUAACGUGACAUGUAAGGCAGAGUCAUGAUUGGAUUUGAAACCUAAUCGAAAGACGGCGUGGCUGGGCGAACCCGCACUCGCAGCAUAAGAAGCUCUUUCUUCGAGCACACACAGCUCCUGUUUGUUUUCCCGCGAGCCGCUCCAUCCUUUUGAGGCUCUGUGCGCUGCAGCACAGCAGCGUGCAGCGGCUCACGGUUCAAUCUGCAGACUAACCUAGAUUUCCGUAGUGCCGCUCGUAAAUAACCAGGGUUCAGUUUCAGAGCGAGGAGGCGUCUCAUCCUGUGUACAGUUUCAUCAUGUAACACUGCACCAUCUGCAGAUUUUGAGUGAGAAUCAUUUGACCAAUGUAGAGCUGAAGUACGCUAAAAAUACUAAUGCUUCGAGCCGUUGCUUGCUGACAGACGUAAAGAAGGUAAUGCAAAUGAAGGCGAGCAAAUCUCAAUUCAUAAGAGAUGUGCUAUUGUUUAAUAAUGACCAAUUUGUCAGUUAUUAAACAGUCAGUACUACCUCCCUGAAUUGUUUUGAUGCAUAAACGAUUUUAAAUUACUACUUUACAUGCCGGUCUCUAAUGAUAAAUUAUGCUUGUCAGUUCCUAAAUUGUGAGAAUACUUUAGCAGUUUGUGCCCUAAUUGUAGGGGCUGUAGUCACAGAAACAGCAAAAUACUUUUUAACGUCCAUCCCUGAUGAGGAAAGCACAUAUUGAAGGAUAAUUCUUUCAGCAAAUAGGCCUGAAUACAAGACUUUAAUCUACAAACAAACUCACGUCGACCCAGUUUCAAGUAAGACUGCUUAUGAUUGUUUUUCAGUGUGUAUAAGAACUUUUUGAAAGUCACUAGGGAAAAGGAAAAAAAAAAAAAAAACAAAGACGCACAAUAUCGUGAACGCAUCAUACAGUCUGGUGAGUCGUCUUUUACUGUUUGCAGCUAAGCAGGAUAGAAGAAAUCUAAAAGAAACUUUCAUGACAUCCUCUGUUUGAGUUGAUGUUGAUAAACCGUCUGUACUAGAAAUGGGUCAAAGCCUGCAACAGCAAUUACCAUGUUAUUGCUGUUCAUAUAACCAACUCUCUGAGGUUUCCAUUAUUUUGGCUUAAGCUUUGAAAAUUUGCAGAUGGUUAGCUCUAUCAGAGAAUGGCUUAUAAACCAAGGCCUGAAAUUAUUCACUCUCGGGGAGUUGUUAGUCUUAACUAAAAGCUAAUUUUCUGUGAACACCAGGGACGUUUUUUCCUACAGUGAUUUUUUUAAUUUUUUUUUUUUUUUAAACACAAUCGCUUAAUUUUCUCGUAAAGCCUACAAAAUGAUAGAUUGCUUCACCCUUUCACUCAUCUGUGGCACUUUAGAUUUUUCUGAAAUCUAGUCCUAAUUGUUAGAAAUUCCCUCAGGCCUGACAUGGUCUGAGUAAUUGGUGAACCAGUACCAUCAACUUGUAGCAGCACUCCAGUCGAGCACAUCUUAAGACUUUAUGCUGCGUCAGAAGCCGCUUCCCUUUUGUCCAAGCCUUGGCUUUGACAUUUUAAAAGAAAAAAAGCUGCGAGUAGACAUACGACCUUGCGGCUCUGCCUUUGCAGCGUAUUCUCACAGCGCUGUGAUAAACCUGCCUUUCAAUAGCCAGAAUGUUGGGCUCAGUGCAGGAAAGAUUGCUGUGGUGUCAUCUUUUUUUUCUCAAUUUAAUAGAAUUUCAGAAAGUCUGGAACUACUUUAGAGACGCUGUCUAAUUCAUUGACUUGGAAUGCAGUUGGCAGAGUUUGUUAGUUAAAAUGGGGACUUCAAUGCUUUGGCUGGAAACUGAAUAAAAAAAAUAGCUGUAUAUUCUUGUAUGAGUAGAGUGGACACUUCUGAAUAUUCAGAGAAUCAACCUAGAUUAUAAAAUGUAGCUACCGAUUUAGCUACUUCUAUAUUUUCAUGUCCAAGGCUGAGUGAUCAGAUCAAUAAUUAGUUAAGCUGCUGAGAUUUGACACCACCGCUGUGGACAGUGCCAAUUAAUGUUUCCCACAACAAGUUCGUGUUGCGGCUCCAUGAAUAGAGCAGAAGGAAGUCCCCCCCCCUCCUCCGCCCAACCUGGUGAGUUUGAGGUGCUCUGUGACCCCUCUGCAAAUUACCCAGCUUUUCCUGAAGUGAGAGGGUGUUUGCUGUGAUCUAGCCUGAGUGAGUAGAAAGGAAGGUAAUUGUUGAGUUGCCUGUUCUGAGCUCGGUGAACCAGUAAACCCCGAAGCCAGCGCAGUCACAGUUUUCUAAACUGAGAGACCGAAAGAAAAGGACCACCUGCAAUUUCUUAACAGAUUAGUCUAGUGAACAGCAGGGAAAGUGAGUGUGCUCAUUCAGGGGGGAUGUCAUUCAGAUUCGGAGCUGCUUGUUCAUCCCCACCUGUUCCCUAACAAAAGACUCAGUCAUAUGAAUGGCGCCUGCUUUCACACCGACUCUUCGAAAUCAUUUACCUUAGAGCAAGGGAUUUGCCAAGUGCUUAGGUUAAUUGAUAACACAUUAACCCUAAGAUUAGGCGUCACAUUUUUACUGCAUGUGAAUACCAAAGCUUACAAAGCAUGGUUUGGAUAUUGAGUGAAGUAUGUUUAUUCCAAAUGUAAUACCACUAUCAUUUUUAAAACGGCCGACUAUGUAAAUGAAAAGAAUGCUGGGUCUUAUCUUUGCAGAUAAAAAUAGGAGGUUAGGCUGUUUGUUCCUGUGCAAACUGCUUGACCUGAUUGCACCCUGAUAUCCUUUGAACACCGUGUCCUUGACGCGUAUCUGUUUGGAAAAUAAACUCAUUUAAAACCUAAACGUCUUACUUGGAAAGAGAUUAAUGAAUACCACUAAUGUUGAGAUCCCGCUUUUGAAGCGGCCCAGUGAAAUUCACAACCUUUGGAAAUAUGACUUUGAUGUCGUCUAUGUCGGCUGAGGCUUUUGGUGAGGUGCUUUAUUACCAAUUAAACACAGGAAUCCAGAUUGAGACACUCGAGUUUAAAAUUCAGAGCACCAGCCUUCCUGGUGAAUUCCAAAGCCUCAGAUAAAGCGACAGCUCUAUGCUGACGCUCAGCAGAGACUUAAGGCUAGUGCGUAAUGGAAUAUUACUUAAGAAAUUAUUCUGCGUCCUAAUGGAAGCUUUCACAGCCAAGCUCCUUAUGACGCCAAAAAGUGGGUGCUGCAUUUACCCUGACCACCUGAAGGAAAUGUAGAUGAAUUCUGUAAACGAAUUGUUCUCCUCUUUUCUUAAUUGUUGUAUGUAACUGUACAAGUCCAUUCUUUCUACUAGUGUUUCUGUAUUAGGACAUUUCUCUUAAUGUUUCUUGAGCGAGUCCAACAUGGUUGUUUUCGCUGUAGGCAUUCUACCAACACUUAUAAGCUGAAGUAAGAAGUCAAACAGCAAGGAACUUGCAUUCUUUCCACGCCGAUACAGCCAGCUGUUGUCUAGGGGACUGGAAAACCCGGGCAGCGUGUUAGCCUGGAAGAGGUGAUCAUUAGAUAAGGCUCAUCUACCAUGGCAACCCUCAAAAUGUUAGACAACUCUCACAUCCAGAUCUUUCCGGGUGGAGAGUGCGCAGGCGUCAGGCAGUCUGCUGGUGAAAGAAUUCUAGCACCGGAUUGGUUGUAGAGACAAAGAGAUUAUAUGUUUGACGGAAGCAAACUAUGAAAUCUUCCACCUGGCUCUAGACUCUGGCAGCGCUGACCCAGUAAACAUGGCCAGAGAUGUGGACACCACGAAGCAGACCUGUGUUACUUCUCACACUUAAACACCAACGGCUGCUUUUCACACCGACCAGCGGCUUUGCCUCUGAAUGAAGGACUUUGUUCCUGCUUCUGGAGAUGGUUCGCUCACACUUGUUCCCCAGCAGCUCACAGUGACCUGACCCUGUACAUGUUUCUUUUCGUAAGAGCUGUUGUUGAGGCAUUUUUACGAACAAAAACUGUGGAUCAACACUCCUAAAGUGUGACAAUUGAAUAUACAUUUAUAUAUUUGCGAGCCUGUAUUGUGAUGUAACAUUAUUAUAGAGUACAUUUAAACGUAUCAGUGUUACCUCUGCAUUUUUUUUUUUUUCCCAAGAGAAGGCUGCCUAUGUAGAUGGCAUAUUUGUGCUCGGAAAAUUUGGAAGGAGCACCAGGACCUUUUUAAUACCGCACAAGUUUAAAGGAGCACUGCAUUUCUUGGAGAAGGCUUUGUGCAGGUCUCAGAGGCAACUUCUAACAAUGGGAUUUCAGGAGUACUGAAGAGAUUCUGACAAAAGGCAAGGGAAGAGAGAAAGCAGUGAGAACAAAAGAAGAGGCUUGCCAGAGAGCUGGGGGCACUUCUGAAAAAACAAGAAAAGGAUCAGUUCUUUGGGGCUCAGCAGGGGGUGUGCAUGCUGCCCCCUCAACUGGACAUUCUUCUUUGUGCCAGAGUGAGACAACAAAAGCAAGUAUGCGCAAUAAACUGAGCAAGUUCUGGGAUGCAGGCUGCUGGCCCAUGCUGAGGCUGGGGAGCAGGACUAUAGCGCUGCUCCUGCUGACAUUCAUGCUGCCGGCAGAAGCUCAGGCUUCAUCACCCCAGGGAAACUUGGAGGUGCUGGGAGACAUGGCACAGCUGGAGGCCUCCAUGCACUCGGCAGUGCUCUCUGACCUCCAGGAGGCGCAAGCAGUAGUGUCUGCAGUGGCACAACCAAGCGGCUUCCCAGAUUCCUCUGCAGUAGUGGGAAGGAUGUUCCAGAUACAGAUCCCCUCAAAAGCCAAGGAUUCUGGGAGGAUAGUUAAGAUUACAGAGGCAGGCAAAGAUACACUACCAUCAUGGUUGCACUGGGAACCAAUAAGCAGCACCCUUCAAGGACUUCCUUUGGAGGUAGACAAGGGUGUCCACUACAUAUCUGUCUCUAUUGCUAAUGGAGGCCAUGUGUCCCAGAGUCCUGAUGUAUUUUCCAUUGAGGUUCAUCCAGAGGAACAUGCUGACACAGACCCUAUUCAGUUAGCAAUCCAGUUAACUAAUAAUGAUUCUCAGCAUUUUGUCUGUGGCAAUGAAGAGCCUGUUACCGUGCUUACAGUAAUUUUGGAUGCAGACCUCACUAAGAUGAGCUCCAAACAGAGAGUGGAGCUUUUGGCCAGCAUGAAAAAAUUCUCAGGAGUAGGGCUCCAGCACAUGAAGAUCUUGCCUGUUGUCAACAAUCGCUUGUUUGAUAUGUCUGCUUUUAUGGCUGGGCCAGGAAAUGCCAAAAAGGUUGUAGAAAAUGGUGCUUUAUUGUCUUGGAAACUUGGCUGUGCCCUGGAUCAAAGCAACAUUCCCAACAUCAGCAGUGUUCAGGUUCCAGCAAAGGAAGGGACAAUGUCAGCACAUUUAGGAUAUCCAGUGGUGGGAUGGUACAUUGCUAACAAAAAGCCACAUGUACCUAAACGAGUACGGCGGCAACUUAAUACCCCUACUCCUGUGCCCUCCUUGCUUCCUCCAACAACAUACCCUGAGCCAUCGAGCCGCAUCGUGCCCACACCAACUUCCCGAUCAAUUGGACCAACUUCCGACAGUUCCUCACAACCUGUGCGGGGCCCUGUACCACUGCCUGUGAAACCUACUAUUCGCACCAGAGAUCCAAUUGCUCAUACUCCCACAAUAGGACCCCCUCAGCCCACAAAAAUUAUGGACACUACCAGCACUAUUACAAUACAGCCCACCAUGACCAGGCCACUGUAUGUUGGGCCUUCUGUAACACCAUCAACACCAACCACCAAGAAACCAACAAAAAGGCCCAAGAAACCCAAGACCACCCCAGUACCGAAGGAACCUAAGACAACGACAGCCAAGCCACCCCGACGUACCACCCCCUCAGUUGUUUUACAAGAUGGCAAUACAAGACCAGAGCUGCGCAACCCAAUUGAUCAAGUUAAGUCAUUCAUUGGCACAUACUUUGAGGUGAAGAUCCCAUCUGACACAUUCUUUGAUCGAGAAGAUGGUACAACGGACAAGUUAAGAUUAACUUUGAGGAAGAGCAAUGACAUUGUUGGAGAAGACUCUUGGAUUCAGUUCAACAGCACUAGCCAGUUGCUUUAUGGAUUACCAGACUGGCAGCAUGAGGGCAAGCAUGAAUACUUUAUGCAAGCUACUGACAAAGGUGGUCUCUACACAACAGAUGCCUUUGAGGUCCGUGUCAAUCGCUUUGGAAACAAUUUUAAGUCCCCAGUCCUGUUUGCUGCUCGAUUCCAGGGGGAUCCUCGUUCGGUUACCAAUGACAUCCAUAAGAAGAUCCUUCUUGUCAAGAAAUUGGCCUAUUCUUUUGGUGAUCGCAAUUCAAGUUCAAUUACACUGAAAAAUAUUACUAAGGGAUCCAUUGUAAUUGAAUGGACCAACAGCAGCCUCCAACAACACCCAUGUCCCAAGGAGCAAAUUCAGGCCAUGAGUCGAAGGAUCUCUGAUGCUGAAGGCAAACCUUCACAAAUAUUCUACAGUGCCAUGGAACCAGACUUCAGACCCAUAAAUAUCACUAUAAAAGGAACGGGUAGCUGCCACCGCUACAUGUUUGUUCCACCAGCUGAGAUCUCAGACCCCGUUCCGCCUGCUGUUACACCAGCUGUAGGAGCAGGACGACAGAGCAACGAUGAUGUAUAUCUUCACACAGUUAUACCAGCUGUGGUGGUUGCAGCGAUCCUGUUGAUUGCAGGUAUCAUUGCUAUGAUUUGCUAUCGCAAGAAGCGCAAGGGGAAGCUUACCAUUGAAGACCAAGCAACCUUCAUUAAAAAAGGAGUUCCCAUCAUUUUUGCUGAUGAACUUGAUGACUCUAAGCCACCUCCAUCAUCUAGCAUGCCCCUUAUCCUCCAAGAGGAAAAACCUCCUCUCCCACCACCUGAGUAUCCCAACAUGGCCAGUCCAGAGACCACACCUCUGAACCAAGACAUUUUGGGAGAAUAUUCAGGCCUACAAGAUGAUGACCCCAAUGCCCCUCCUUACCAGCCUCCACCCCCCUUCUCUGCUCCUAUGGAGGGUAAAGGGUCACGCCCUAAGAACAUGACCCCAUACAGAUCACCACCCCCAUAUGUGCCACCCUAAUGUUUAUAGAUCCCUCCAGUGUGGAGGACAGGGAACUUGUGCAGUUCCAAAACCAGUGUUGUCUCUUUGCAUUUUUUUGGAAAUCGGAGGGGCAUUACAAUUUGGGACAUUGGAUUGGGAGGGUUGGGAUGAUUUUGGUAAAACUGGACUUUUUUUUGGAGUGGUGAUGGUGGGGGUGUAAUUAUAUAAUCCUCAAAGACAGCAACAACAACCUCAGCCUCUGGCUGUCUGGCUACUGCUGAUCAGUUGGAAGAUGCACCCUCCGAUCCUAGCGCUUUUGUGUCUAGAUGGGCUUUUUUUUGUUUGUUUUAUCAUUUGUAUUUCUUUUUGACUUACUUCAGAAUCAAACUACUUGCCUAACAGCACUCUUUUUAUCUUCUGAACUCUUUGGAUAAUACAUAAAGACAAUAAGUAAAGUGACUGCAGGUGCAAGUGUUUCAUAGUGACAUUCUACAAUUAAGGAAAAAAAAACAUGACCUAGAGGUACAGUUGUGCAGACAAUUAUGGGCUUGUUUGAUUCAAUAAGGUUUGCCUUUUAACAUUAAUUGUACUGUUUUACCCUUAUUCACAUGUCUAGUAAAGAUGAGCAUAAUAAGAGGUAGCCAAAAACCUUGAGAGGGAUAGAACCUUUUUGUUUAAUCCACUGUAAAUUUGAGGGUUGCUAGAUUUCUUUUUUUCUUUUCUUUUUCCUUUUUUUUUUUUUUUUUUUUUUUUUUUUUUUUUUUUUUUUUUUUUUGGUGGGUGUCAAAGCAACAGUGAAAAAAUCUUUUAUAUCCCUACUAAUGGAAAUGAGUUAUGCUAUGGAUAUGUUCUGGAUAAAUGUUUGAGGAUGUGUGUUUCUGUCCUUAUAGAGAUUCAUGCCAGACUGAGACAUGGAGAUAUUAUUGUGCCAUUCUGAUUUUGAUUUUUUUUUUUUUUUUUUUUUUUUUUAUUAUUGGGUUUUAUGUCUGUUUCGAUUUAUAGUAAGGAUAUAUGGCAUGAUGUAGCUGCUGCCCUUGGAAGGAAACAUAAAUGGGCAAAGUCUGAAUACCUACAUCUCACAGCAGGCAUUUGCUACUCAUUUCCCCUUUUAGUACGCAUUGACAUGGUUUUGAUUAAAUGAUUUGAAAGACUCACAGUCUAGCCUAAAAUUUUCAAAUGAUUUGAUCCUCUUUUAUGGUUUGUUUUUAUUUGUUUGUUUUUUUUUUUUACUUUUCAAUAAUGAUUAUCGAGUGUAUGCCUUGACUCAAAAUAACUGAAAAUAAAGACUGAAUAUUUUAAUAAAGUAUCAUUCUCUAACCAAUGGCAUCAUUUAUUAAAUGUAAUGAUGAUACUUUAUUUGCAGUUGAAUGUCAGUUUUUGCCUUGGCAGUAAUGCAGCAAGUGUCUUCUUUAAAUAAUCCUCUGCCUAUGGAUAUAACUGUAUAUAUAGUCCAGAGGUGUGCACAUCAGAAAUGACAG